UGGUCAUACUGAAAAGAGUUCGAGGUAUUGAGUGCGACUCCAUUUGGUUUCCGAUUUCCUUAAUAAAUUUGAGUCGCGUGUCUUGAACAUUCUCCGGCGUAUCCUCCGGUGUGCCAAAGAACUGGACCUUAUCAUCUCCGGCAUGUCCGAGUGUAUGACCGCGUCCGACGCCAUCAUCCAUCACACCCCUUCUUCAUCUCAUGCAAUUAACACAUACGAUGUAUUUGUGAGCUUUCGUGGUGAAGACACGCGCAACAACUUCACUAGUUCUUUCUUUGGAGCUCUCCGUCGAGAAGGCAUUGAUGCCUUCAAAGAUGACGAAUAUCUCAAAAAAGGUGAAUCCAUAGCACCCGAGCUGCUGCAAGCCAUUCAAGGCUCUCGAGUUUUCGUUGUUGUCUUCUCAAAGAACUAUGCUUUCUCCACUUGGUGCUUACGUGAACUGUCAGAGAUACUUAACUGCGUUAAUACUUCAAGACGUGUUUUACCUAUAUUUUACGAUGUUGAUCCUUCGGUGGUGCGCAAACAGAGUGGAUGUUAUGAGAAAGCAUUUGCAGAACACAAAAAUAGAUUCAGAGAGGAUAAGGUGAAGACGGAGGAGCUCAAAUGGAGAGAAGCUCUCACACAAGUGGCCAAUCUCUCCGGUUGGGAUAUCCGAAAUAAGUGAGUACUCUUCUCUCUCAAUUCAAUAAUUAGUAACCUGGACAUGAUAGAAGUAUCAAUUGAUUUGAUGACAAAUCUAGCUUUAUUGAUAUUUGGAAGUGCUUCACAAAAAUUAAACUGCGGUUGCCUAUAUAUACGGUAUUCUGCAUCUUUUUAACUAGUUUUGCUCAUAGGCUAAUCACAAUAUCUUAUAGCUUUCUACGACUUUCUUUAUGCUAAUUAUGAUUUGUCUUAUGUCAUUAUCUAAAAACAGAGG